AUGGAGACCAACGCCGCCUUUCCAACCUCACCCGAUUCGUCGACCCGAGAUUUCGGCUCCGAUUUUGCCUCAAUGUACCGCUCCAUUUUCCCGCCAAAAUUCACACUCCCGAGCUCCCUCUCCCUCACGCCCUCCACUCGCUCCUCCUUCUCCGAUUCCGAUUCCAACUCCGACGACCACCACCAUAAUCACCAUGCUACGUCGCAGCGCCUCAGCCAGGCUCAGCUUAUCCUCGAGUCCCAGGAGCUCCGCGACCACUACGAUCUCUGCAGCUCUCACCUCCGCGACCUCGCCGACGAACUCGACUCUCUCCGCCGGGAGAACUCCCAUCUCCGGUCAGCGAACGCCGACCUCGUCAAGCUCCUCUCGUCGCAGGCCGCCUUCCAGAGCUUCCUCCUCUCAUCCUCCUCCUCGUCCGCGUAUCAGAGUCCUUCCACGACGUCGUUUCUCGACGACUUUCGGCGGCUCGGAUUCGGAUCUCUCGGUCCUCGCGACGGCGUCGUUUCCGACGAGGCCUCGGAUAUCAGUCCCACGAGCGUCAUCGAGCGAAACCGGUUCGACGUCGUAGACCGGGUUGCGCUCCCCAAGAGCAUUUCCGUCCGCUCCUCGAAUCGGCCACGUGUCCCUAGUCAACUCGUUUCUGGCUUGCCCACUCAGAGCCAAGUGAAGGUGUUCAAUCAGGGGAUGGUGAAGACGGAGCUGUGCAACAAGUGGGAGGAGACUGGCACGUGUCCGUACGGAGAGAACUGCCAGUUUGCCCACGGCGUUAGGGAGCUUCGUCCGGUGAUGAGGCACCCGCGCUACAAGACUCAGCUCUGCCGGAUGGUUGCAGCUGGCGGCAAGUGUCCGUACGGUCACCGCUGCCACUUCCGUCACUCGCUGACUGAGCAGGAGAGGCUGCAACUGGCUGUGGCAGCAGAGACUCGUUUUGAUUAG